AUGGCAACCAGCCAGAACCGGUUCCACCUCCAGAUGCUGACCGGUGUUCCAGAGUCCAGUCUUUCUGACGUUCUGCUGACCGUUCUGCGUCGGUCCGGUUGGAGGGAGGGGACUGCGGUUCUGUGUAGGGGGUGGGAGGAGUCUGGAGGUCUCCUGCAACUCCUGAAUGAUCAGAGCACUGGUGGUGCACCGUGGGAUGUAGGAGGCGGGGCUACUUGGCGCCUGCGUGCCGUCUUGAACCUGACGCAGUCCUCACAUGACGACACUCAGAUCCAUGACUUCCUUUCCCGACACUUUGUACAGAACCAGUCCAUGCCUGCGUCCGUGCUGCUGUUUGGAGCUGACCCUCAGUGUGCUGCAGCGGUUCUCCGCAGCGCUCAUGAUUUGGGACUGACGUUACCCAUGAUGCACUGGGUUCUAGGCCAGCCGCUCAGCCCUGACGCCCUGCAUGCCAUUGGACUCCCACUGGGUCUGCUGGCCUACGGCGAGGUGCAGAGGAAACCCCUGGACUACUACGUCAGAGAUGCUCUGCAGCUCCUCACCAGGGCCAUCGCUACGGCAACCAUGGUGAGACCUGACCUGGCGCUGAUCCAGAACAUGGUGAACUGCUAUGACACACCCAAACACCCGAUACCAUCAUCAGGACAGUACCUGUCCAGGUUCCUGUCCAACACCUCUUUCCUGGGUCUGACCGGUCCGGUCCGGGUUCAGCUGAACCACUCACAGGUGGUGACCUCGCAGCGUUUCCAUAUAUGGAGUCUGCGGCGGGACGCGCUGGGUCAGCCCACCUGGGUGACGGUGGGCAGCUGGGAGGGGGGCGAGCUUCAGGUGGAGGACCAGGGAGUCUGGCAGGGACCCAAACCCUCUCACAAGACAGAAGGGGGGAGCGGGAGGACUAGGGGUCGCUGGAGGCCGGGGAUGCCGGUGGCGGGCAGCCGGGUCCGCGUGGUGACUCUGGUGGAACACCCUUUCGUGUUCACGCGGGACGUGGACGAUGAAGGUAGCUGCCCCGCCGGUCAGUUCUGCCUGGACGCUGGGACCAACAGCUCAGAGAUGCUGCAUCGGUUCUUUAAGGAGGUGGCAGGUGGGAACAGCAGCUUCCUGCCUGCAGAAUACACAAAGUGUUGCUACGGAUACUGCAUCGACCUGUUGGAGAAGCUGGCCGAGGAUCUCGGCUUUGAGUUCGACCUCUACAUCGUCGGAGACGGGAAGUACGGCGCGUGGAAGGGGGGCCGCUGGACCGGGCUAGUGGGGGAUCUUCUGAAUGGACUGGCAGACAUGGCCGUCACUUCCUUCAGUAUCAACUCAGCACGGAGCCGCGUCAUCGACUUCACCUCGCCCUUCUUCUCCACCAGCCUGGGGAUCCUGGUCCGCAGUAAGGACACUGCGGCCCCCAUCGGAGCCUUCAUGUGGCCCCUGCACUGGUCCAUGUGGGUGGGCAUCUUCCUGGCACUGCACAUCACGGCCCUCUUCCUCACGCUCUACGAGUGGAAGAGUCCGUAUGGCAUGACGCCUCACGGACGCAACAGGGUCCGGGUGUUCUCGUACUCCUCGGCCUUGAAUCUUUGCUACGCCAUCCUCUUCGGACGCACCGUCUCCUCCAAGACCCCCAAGUGCUGGACCGGGCGCUUCCUGAUGAACCUGUGGGCCAUCUUCUGCCUGCUGGUGCUGUCCAGCUACACCGCCAACCUGGCCGCUGUCAUGGUGGGAGAGAAGACAUUUGAGGAAGUUUCAGGGAUCCACGAUGCCAAGCUCCAUCACCCCUCCUGGGGUUUCAGAUUUGGGACGGUGAGGGAGAGCAGCGCAGAGGAUUACAUGAAGAAGAGUUUUCCUGAGAUGCACGAAUACAUGAGACGCUUCAAUGAACCGACCACACCUGAAGGCGUCGCCACUCUCAAGACAGAUCCUCCUCAGCUUGACGCCUUCAUCAUGGACAAAGCGCUGCUCGACUAUGAAGUCUCCAUCGACGCAGACUGCAAACUGGCGACUGUGGGGAAACCGUUUGCCAUCGAGGGUUACGGGAUAGGCCUGCCUCAGAACUCCCCUCUGACCUCCAACCUGUCCGAGUUCAUCAGCAGGUACAAAUCUGACGGCUUCAUGGACGUUCUUCACGACAAGUGGUACAAAGUGGUGCCGUGUGGGAACCGAGGGUUCGCCAUGACCGAGACUCUCCAGAUGGGGAUCGGUCAUUUUUCAGGUCUCUUCGUGUUGCUGUGUGCUGGAGUGGGCGGAGCUUUAUUGACCCUGGCCUGUGAGCACGCUUUCUACAAACUCGUCCUCCCCCACAUCCGCCGCCGUCAGAACCUGAAGUACUGGCUGCACACCUCACAGAAAAUCCACCGGGCUCUGAACAUGACGUAUGAAGACGUGAAGAAGCGAUCUGAGAAAGAAAAAAGCUGUAACCUGCAGAAAGCCCCGCCCCCCUCAGGCCUGCCGGCUCCUCCGGCCCCCGGAGCUUCGGCCCGCUGGAACAAUGAAACAAGUAAAGAGGAGGCGGCUGCUGCUGCGAAGGACGCCAGAGACUUUAAACGGGUCCAGUUCAACCUGGAGACCCUGAACACCCGCCGCCUGCUGGCUCGCAUCGCCAACUCUGACGCCAAGGGAGGUGGGGCCAAAGGUGAGGGGGAUGGCCCGGUGAAACCACCAGCAGUCCCUAACAGUCGAGUUUGUCAAAACGGAGGACCGGCAGCUUCAUUUACUAGUCUGGUCCUGUCUCUACCCUCGUCCUCUAACACCUCAGCCCGCCCCAACACCUCAGCCCCUCCCUCUGGAGUCUCAGCCCCUCCCUCUGCUACAAAGACAGCUCCUCCUCAGGUAGUGGCCCCUCCUACCAGCGUGGCCCCGCCCCAGCCAGGUGAGCUUCAGGAGCUCCAGGAGCAGAUUGAGGAGAUGAGGGAGAAGCUGAGGACAGCUCUGGCCAGGAGAGCCGAGAUCCAGACCACCCUGACUAAACCUGUCGCCACGGAGACAAACAGUCCUGCUACUGUUACCACGACGACAACAGCAACAACAACAUCAACGGCAACAGCAACAACUACUACAGCCCCUCCCAGAACCUCACCCACUGCUGCCCAGGUAACACUGCCCGCCAACACCAAGUGUGUGACCACCAUGACGGACCCGCCCCACAAAGUCUUGUCCAAAGUCCGGCCCCUUCAGAGCAGACUGGCCAAUCAGAGGAGGUGAUCCUCUCUGGUCUCUGUCCCACUCCACACAGUGAUGGUUUCAGACUGUUAAGAGGGUAAAAUACAUUCAUUAAAAAUAAUCAAUCAAAAUGAUUGAUUAGUGUUCAAAUCUGAUGGAAGAGGAAACUGAUCUGUGACCACAGGGGGCAGCAGAGAGUAGAGCUGUUAAGUAUCUGACCACAGGGGGCAGCAGAGAGAAGAGCUGUUAAAUAUCUGACCACAGGGUGGAGCAGAGAGUAGAGCUGUUAAAUAUCUGACCACAGGGAGCAGCAGAGAGUAGAGCUGUUAAAUAUCUGACCACAGGGAGCAGCAGAGAGUAGAGCUGUUAAAUAUUUGACCACAGGGAGCAGCAGAGAGUAGAGCUGUUUUUAUGAGCACAGGGUGCAGAACAAUGUAGAAUAUUUAUGGAUGUUAAAGGAUGUAAGAACAGAUCGAAUAAUCAGCUCACUGAUCAGUUUCCUCCUCAGACUGUGAAAAUGACGGUCUUGGGUUUUGGGACACUCUGUAGAAACUGGACUUCUUCUAAGACUGAAAACUACAGGAGCCUCAGAGAACAAAAAAUUCCUGCACAGACCAAA